UCUACACUCCUCGCCCUUGAGGACCUUGCCAUUUCUCUCUCCUCCACACGCCUCUAACUGGUUUGCCCUAAAUAGACCUACCCACUCUAAUAAAACCCUUUUUCUCUCCCCCUUCUCUCUCCCCUCAAGCUUCCACUGCUUGGUGGCUCUAAUGGCCAAUGCUACAGGAGACCUCAAUGGUUAAAGACCAUUAAAAGGACCCCCAUUUUCAUGGCGUCCUCAUAAGGCCAAACUUUCAUCUUCAUCGAUGGCUCCCAGCUUUGACUAUAUGUCCAGCCUCUUGUGUGCAGAGGAAAACAUUAGCAUCUUGGAGUGGGAUGAGGAGGUUGGUCUAGAGAGAGAGAGUCAUGGCAACCCUGUUCUUAUCAGUGGUUUUAUGGGCCUGGAUGUACCACUGCAAUCAGAUGAUUGCAUGGGUUUACUGGUUUCAAAAGAAGGGGACUUUCUCCCUCGAGAUGACUAUCUAAUCAGGCUGCAAAGUGGGGUUUUGGAUUCAUCAUUGCGCAGAGAGGCCGUCAACUGGAUUUGGAAGGUCCAUGGCCAUUACAGCUUUCAGCCUCUCACUACAUAUCUCUCUGUAAAUUAUCUGGAUCGAUUCUUAUCUUGCUAUGAACUUCCUCAAGGUAAAGCUUGGAUGAUACAGUUGCUAUCAGUUGCCUGUUUGUCUCUGGCUGCUAAGAUGGAGGAAACUGAUGUUCCAUUAUCUCUUGAUUUACAGGUUGGGGAAGCGAAAUAUGUAUUCGAGUCUCGAACGAUUCAGAGAAUGGAGCUUCUUGUGUUGAGCAACUUGAAGUGGAGAAUGCAGUCUGUGACACCAUUCUCGUUUGUUGAUUACUUUCUUCAUAAGAUCAAUGGCGAUGAUUCCUGGGCCCCGCGAGCUUAUCUCUGUAGAUCAAGUGAUAUAAUCUUAACCACAAUCAAAGGGACUGAGUUUUUGGAGUUCAGGCCUUCUGAGAUUGCUGCAGCUGUAGCCAUAUCUGUAUCUGAGGAAUCCAAAUCACUUGAUUUCAACAACGCUCUUGCUUGUUGCCCCAAUGUUGAAAAGGGCAAGGUGUUAAGGUGCUAUGAACUUAUUCAGGAAAUUGUGUUGAUUAAAAACCAGAAGCUUGUGAAAAUUGCAGCUGGGUCAGUGUCAUCAGUGCCUCAGAGUCCAAUAGGAGUUCUUGAUGCUGCAUGUCUAAGCUAUAAAAGUGAUGAUAAAACAGUUGGGUCCUGCUCUAGUUCACAUACCAGCCCUGCUACCAAGAGGAGGAAACUAAACAGAGUAGCUGAAGGGACAUGAAAGGGGAAACACAGAGAAUUCAGGGGCUGUAGGAUUAUAUGUCACAUAUGGUGGGGAAUUAAUGUUAAGUAGGAGUUUUUUGGUGUGGUGACGAGGCUAGGCAAGAUUUAUCAAGAAAAAAGAGAAAAGGUUGAGAGGGAAAUCCAUUUUGGAAAUUGGAAGGCACAAUGCGGGUGGGAAAUGGAGAAUAAUGAGGUGAAGGAAUCAUCAGUUCUUCAUGCCUUUCACAUGAAUUAGAAAUACCAGCUGUUAUCAGUAAAUAUCCUUCAGGCAAGAAGGCAAGGAGAGAGAGGGAGAGAGGGAGGGAGAGAGAGAGUGAGAAAGACCAACAAAAAUACAGGUCUUAGGUAAACUACAGUUUGUAGUAGAGGAUAAGGAAGCCAGUAAAAAUUUGAGUAUUGGGUUUUUCUGAAAAUUCAGGAAAAAGUCCCUUUGGGGAACAAAAAGAGUAAAAAAGCAGCAGAAAAAAGAAAAAAAAAAA